AUGAAAUGGGCAAGUCGUUUGGGAAAGGAAUUGCCCAAGAUCUACCACGUGCUGGAUGCUUUCGGUGCCAGUCAAAAGGUCUGCAAUGUCUGGCAGGCACAGGGUCUGGCUGGCAUUGCCUAUGACAUCAAGCUUGCGGCUGGUCAUGACAUGACUGCAGAAGUGGGAGUGAAAGAGUUUCUGCGUAUGGGCUUGCAGUUGCAUGAUGGCGGGCUGAUUGCAGCAGCACCGCCAUGCAGUUUGUUCGUUCCAGCUUGCGCUUCUGUGCACCGAAGAUCUUUAGCAAGGCCACAGGGCAAUCAGCGGAAUUUCAAGGUUCGAUUGGCCAAUCGAAUUUGGAGCAACUUCGCAACCUGCGUGCACAUCUUGCUUUCCUUACGCCCUUCGCUUUACCUGGUCAUUGAACAGCCGACGGGCAGCUGGGCCUUCAAGCAACCAGAGAUGCAGAGGCUGACGGAUGUUCUGGGGUUGCCGCCUGGCCAAAGUUAA